AUGUCUGCAAGAAGCCAGACCACAACCACCCUUCCCGAGACCCGGCAGUUCCCUGGAAACUGCACACUGGAGAUGGCCCUGAACACCAUUGUGCACGUCUACCACCGUUACAGCAUCCGGGAGGGCCAGCAUGACGUCCUCAGCUUCAACGACUUCAAGACGCUGCUGACUGAGCAGGCACCAACCUUCCUGCAAGCUUGUGGCAGGAACCAUUGCGACUACCUGAGCAAUCUCUUCAGAGAAACAGACUUAAAUCAGGACAAAGAGCUGACUUUCGAGGAGUUCACCAUCGUCUUGGCCAAGCUGACCGAUGAUGCCCAUCGCAUCAGCCACGGGGAUGACCGCUGUACACCAGACAAGGAUUGA